UCUGCUGCGGUAUGUACCAUAUAUCAUGUUGGACAGGAACAUUCUCACGAUUUAGAGACUCAACAUGUCUUCGGUCUGAUUAAGAUUAUUUCCUCUGUUACGAUGGACGCUGCUGUCCGUCAUGUCAACCUCUGACCUACCGCUUUGCAUUGUGGGAAACAGUAAGCGAGGGAGACUGGUCUAAUGCAGACUGGAGAUUUUUACUGAAUCAGCACGACAUCCGGGUUUGUUCACAUACUGCUUUUUUGACCAAUCAGGACAAACUACUAGGAGAGUAGGAGGUUUAGGAAACAGAAUAAAAGAUGUUUCACAGGAAUUGGGAAAGGAAGUGAAACCUUUAACGUGAUGAUGGCGCUGUCACUAACACCUAGUCAGAGUGAAGCCCUUAUUAACCCCCUAAACGUCCACCAUGGUUCUUAGUAAGAGUAGGAACAUUAGAAAGUUUGACAGUUCAAACACUCACCUGAACAUCAUCUGAUGUGUGUGUUUGUCCACAGACACACACAUGAUGUCAUCAUUAGCUCUCACCUGGACUCUCACCUGUCUGCUCACCUGCUCUGCACUGGUCCAAAGUUCAGUGUUUCUGGAUCGGUCGUCUGCAGGUCAGAUUCUCUGCUCGGCCUCCAGGAGCCGCCGAGCAAACUCCUUCUUCCUGGAGGAGAUGUUACCAGGAGACCUAGAGAGGGAGUGCUAUGAGGAGAGCUGCUCGCAGGAGGAGGCAGCCGAGAUCUUCCACACCAGAGAGAAGACGCUGGAGUUCUGGUACAAAUACAUCAAUCUGAACCCCUGUCGAACAAACCCGUGUCUAAACGGAGGGAUGUGUACCCUAGACCGAGGAGAUUUCCUAUGUCUAUGUCCUCCGCAGUACCACGGCAAGACCUGCGAAUCAGUUGUGUUGCAGUGUCGCUAUAGAAAUGGUGGCUGUAUACAGUACUGCAGAGACCUGCUAGAUGGAGCUGGAGUUCAGUGUGGCUGCGCUGAAGGAUUCAACCUGGAGCCUGAUGGAUACAGCUGCUCCAAGACAGUAUCGUACCCGUGCGGCCGACAGGACAGUGAGCUGAUGUUUGGAGGUCGUUCUCUGUGGAGUGACCCUGAGGAGGUAAAUGUUUCCAUGGAGACGGGCGCCAUGUUGGAUGAGAACAGCACCAUCAGCUGGGUCCCUAAACUCAACUUCACAAAGGAGGAGGAGGAGGAGGAGGCAGUGAAUGCAUCGUCUGCACUGAGAGGAUCGAAUGAGACGGAUCUGAGGGAGGGGGGAGAGGAGGUGGGGUUGGUGCCUCGUAUUGUGGGUGGAGUCUUGGAGAGACCGGGGCGGAGUCCCUGGCAGGUAUUGGUCCGCAGGUCUGAUGGUUAUGGUUUUUGUGGUGGGACUCUGGUUUCUGACCGAUGGGUGAUCUCUGCUGCUCACUGUCUGGAACAGACUGCAGACCACAUUACCAUAGGAGACUUUGACAAGAAACGUCCUGAUCCAGGUGAGCAGCUCAUAAAGGUUCAGAAGGUCUUUGUCCAUCCUCACUUCCACUCGUUCACCUUUGACAGCGACAUUGCUCUGCUCUAUCUUGCCCGGCCCGUUGUCAGGGGCUCUACCGCCAUCCCCGCCUGCCUUCCUGACCCCCACCUCUCCAAAUACCUGCUGGAGGAGGGUAACCGUGGCGUGGUGACGGGUUGGGGCCUCACUCGGUUCUUGGGCAAGUCCUCCAGGUUUCUCAGGAAGGUGACACUCCCGGUGGUCAGCUACAAAGACUGCACUGCGACCACUGAACAGGUAAUCACAGACAACAUGUUCUGUGCGGGUUACCUGGAGACCAGCAUGGACGCCUGCAGCGGGGACAGUGGGGGGCCAUUCGUUGUGAACUACAGGGGGACCUGGUUCUUGAGCGGGGUGGUCAGCUGGGGGGAGAAAUGUGCCGAUAAGGGAAAGUAUGGAGUUUACACCCGACUAGGGAACUUCCUGCAGUGGAUCCAGGACACCAUGGGAAGAUCGGCCUGAUACUGUUUCCCACCUGAGCUUUAUGUUCACAGCUGGAGGACUACUAGGACCCUGAACUACAGGACUCAUACUUUGCUCAGACUCUGGUCCAGGUCCUGCAGUAAAAUCCUUCAGUUAAAGUAGCACCAGGAAAAGUUUCAAAUGAAGUCCACAGUCCUCUUCCUAAAUGAUGCCCUGCUUAUGCCACUUUAUAUUUUUGGUUUAAAACGUUUCUACCUGCAUUGUUGUUCAUUUCCUGCCUUUGAAUUCCCCCCGGGGACAAAUCAAGUUUUUUGAAUUUGAAUUUUAAAAAAGUUACGUUAGGACUGUUAAGAUUUGUAGUUUGAACUUUAAACUGAAAUAAAAGUAUGAAAGAUCAAUAUUUUUGAUCAUGAA